AUGGCUACCCCCAGUGUCCUCGCUUUUGACGCUGAGGGUCGGGCCAUUGACAUUGACGCGAGGGUAGAUGAGCUGCAGCUUUUCCUACAGUGCGAUAGGGCAGACGGUCUCUCCCUCUUUGACCUCACUUCUGGUGCCUCUCCUGCCCUUGCUGCUGAUGGUGACGCCACUGUUCGCUCACAGUGGGCCACGGGCGAUGCUCCUGCAUGUCUUGCUGUGCGUUGCCAUUUGCCUACCUCUAAGCGUGCGCACUUUAGCCAGUACAAGGGUGCUAAGAUCUUGUACGACGCUAUAGUUGAACGCUACUCUUCCCUUGCCACUGCUGCACUUAGCCGCCUCAUCAUGCCGUACCUCUUCCCUGACCUCGCAGCAUUUCCCGCGGUCGCUAACCUCAUUACACACCUUUGCACUAUUGACAUUCGCUACCGCGUUGCCCUUCCCGCUGAGUUCUGCGCCAAGAAACCCCCCCCCCCUAUGUACAUCACCCUCUACUACAUAGUCACCCGCCUCCCUCACACCCUUCGCCCGGUCAGGGACCACUUUCUCUCCGUUUGCCCCACCACCCUCACCGUUGACCUCCUCGAGGAGCGCCUCCUAGCAGCGGAGAAGAGCAUGGUCGUUGUAGGAGUCUCUCGUGGUGACCCUCGUGCCCCUGUCUUUGAGGGGUGCUCCCCCUCUCCUCUCUUGCCCUCUGUUGCCUUUGCUACUGCGGCGGACCUUGUUGGUCUUGAGUCGGUCGGUGCAGCGUCUGCCCCUAGCGAGAGACGCCGCACUGGCAAGGGCAAGGGGGGCAGGGGCGCUAGAGGAGCUAGCGGGGGCGGUGGAGGCGGUGGUGGAGGCGGCGGAGGGGGUGGGGGUGGCGGUGGGAGUGGUGCCGAGGGUGGGGGCGUUGGUGGCGGCAGUGGAGGCGGAGGCGGCGGCGGCGGUGGCGGAGGUGGCGGCGGUGGAGGAGGCGGCGGCGGAGGAGGUGGAGCUGGUCGGGGUGGCGCUGCGCAAAGGCGGGGUGGGGGUACUGGUCCGUGCACCUACGUCCUACGCACCGGCGACCGUGCGGGUGAGCCGUGCGGGGGUGCGCACUCCACCCAGCGCUGCGUUGGCUGCCUGACGGACGCCUGGCGUCACCAGUUCCCUGAGGUCACUGAGAUCCCUCGAUGGGGCGAGCUGUCUAGGGCGGGAGUAGCUAUCUUUGACCUUGACUUUGAUGCUAUUCUUGCUGCCAUGUAUGGUGUGACUAUUACUGAUGAGGGUGACUGUUACCGGUGUUUUCCGCCCGACAUGGGCAUUGGGACUGGUGCUCCAGGUACUGGUGAGGCCGCUCCUCUAGGUGCUAGCGAGGCUGCUGCUCUAGGUGCCAGUGCGUCUACUUCUUCAGGUGCUGGUGAGUCUGCUCUAUCAGGUACUGCGUCGGCUUUGGCCUCCCACACCUUCACCCUUGACUCGGGGGCUUCUCGCUCCUUCUUUCGAGACCGCACCACACUCACGCCGCUUGGUCGGCCAGUUGCAUUCUCUCUGGCAGACCCCUCCGGGGGUCCUGUCCUUACUCACUUCUCCACUGUCCUCCCGUGUCCGGCGGCCCCCUCUGGCAACCUGUCUGGUCUUUACUUCCCCUCAUUCUCUACGAACUUGGUAAGUGGUGCUGACCUGCAGGAUGCGGGGGUUCACCAGUUCACUCCUGCGAGCCAGCGAGUGACCCACUGCACGGAAUUCGUGCCCCACACCCAUCGCCAAUGUUGCCUCCAACCAAUUCCCCCUCCCAUCACCUAUCUUCACCGCAUUGCAUCUAUCUCAUCCAACCAAUUUGAUAUUUGA